AUGUUGGCGGCAUUGUCACUCACUACAGCAGCGACUUCGUAUACAAAACCAUCGGUGAAAAAAAAACUUCAUAUAAAAUUUUACAGGAGUACAUUUUGGGAAAAUUACCCCAAAUGCGGCAACACUGUUGAUAUAUCAGAAGAGUUUCCUAAGUCAUCUGAAAAAUGGAGAAAUAUAGCGCAACAAUUUGAAGAAAGGUGGAAUUUUCCUCAUUGCUUAGGUGCGAUCGAUGGUAAGCACAUUGACAUACGACACAGUAUGGUGCUUAUGGCAAUAGUAGACGCUAAUUACGAAUUUCUGCUGGUUGAUUUUGGGACAAAUGGCAGAAUUUCUGAUGGAGGUGUUUUACAGAAUACCAAGUUUUUUGAAAUGCUCCAAGAUAACAAAAUGGAACUUCCAGACGCUGAAGUUGUCAAAAACAGCUCAACAAGUCUCCCAUACGUAUUUGUUGCUGAUGACGCAUUCCCUUUAAGAGUUGAUAUGAUAAAACCAUUUCGACAAGCUGACUUGCAUUCACGCGAAAGAAAGAUAUUUAAUUAUAGAUUGUCUCGCGCUAGACAUAUUGUUGAGAAUGCUUUUGGUAUUUUAGCAUCUAGGUUUCGAAUAUACCAUACUGUAAUAAAUCUAGAGCCAAAGAAUAUAGAAAAAAUAGUGAUGGCAACAUGCGUACUGCAUAAUUAUUUAAUGAAACACGUAGGAAGUUCUUAUGCGCCCCGGGAAUGUUUUUAUGAAGAAAAUGCUGCAAAUGGUACCAUUAUCACGGAAGGCUAUAAUACUACCCGUUCGACUAUGGUUAACUUACAGCGAAGGCAAGGAAACAUUUCAAACUAUGCAAAACAGGUGCGAGAGAAAUUUACUGAUUACUUCGUAAAUGAAGGCAGCGUAUCGUGGCAAGAUAACUUCGUUGCGGCUUAA